CGUUGGAAAAAGUUGGAUCAAUUGAGAUCGAGGAACAUAAUAAAAUAUUAUUAAAGAUUUAAUAUCAUUAAAUAUCAUAAAGUAUUACUGAAAAACAUCAAUUAACGAAUACUAAAUAUUGAAUAACAAUUUACACAAAACAAGUCUAUAUUUUAAAAUAACAUUGUGACCAGAAAAAUUCGUUCCAAUUAACAACGUUAAUAUGCCGGACCCGUCGAAUACUGGGAAUGCGACGAACGAACAAGAGGCGCAAGAGCUGACGAUAAUCGCUCUAUCGGUGUCCAUUAGGAUUGCGCCGCCGGAAAUAGUAAAUCCGAAUCCUAUGGACCCUUCCGAAAGUCAAACAACACCGAUUUCUACGGUCCCCUCACAAAGUCAAACAACAACGAUUUCUACGGUCCCCUCCCAAAGUCAAACAACAACGAUUUCUACGGUCCCCUUCCAAAGUCAAGCAACAACGAUUUCUACGGUCCCCUCCCAAAGCCAAACAACAUCAAUGUCAGACCAACCGCGGCCAUGCGGGUCGGCUGAUAAUCAGUCACCCGCUAUGGGCAACGAGCAUCUCAAUAAGAUGAUGAUGCUAAUUAAUAGCAUGGGGGAGAACAAUACUGUGGAGAGUCAAGUACCUCUACCCUCCGCAGACGAUACAGAGAGCGAUGAAGAGAAAAUGGAGGAAGAAAAUGAAACCAAAACCAAAAAAAGACAAUUAGAAGAUAAGGAAGAUGAUAGUGAUGAACCAGAUGAAAAAAAAAUGAAAAAUUAAAAAUUAAUUUUUAUAAGUAAUUAAUUUAGAACUGAAUUAUCAUCUUUGCUCUUCUUUUUUUAUUUUUUUUAUUUUUCUACAUAAUUUUCUACAUUUUUUUUUUCUCAUAAUUUUUUAUCAAUUAAUUAGUUAAUUUGUUUACUACACAGAAAAAAAUAAUUUCUUGGCGCAAGAAAUAUUUUGUAUUAUGAAUUGAAGAAAAAAAUUUUUCUUGGCUCAAGAAUUUUUUUCUCGCCUAAAAAAAUUUUUUCUUGUUUCAAGAAAAUUUUAUCUUAC